AUGUUGACGAAUCGCCCUCGAACACGACAACGGACGUAUAAGAAGCCACCUGCUCUCGAUGUUCCCAACAUUGAUGAAGAUGCCGCGGAGAGGAAACGAGUUUUGAACGUUCUAGCACAGAGAAGAUAUCGUGGGUCGUCACUUUCCUGCAACCAAGCAAGCUUGAGACCUGACAGGCAUAUAGGUGAAAAGAAACGGCUAGAUCGUCUUAAGACCAAGGCAGCUGGUAGCAAUGAGUCUCAAAACUCCGAACCUCAGGACGAAACAGCUCCAAACUCCGAAGGCCGAGUAUCGAAAGACGAUAUUUAUGCAAUUCCGACUCUGAAGAGCAAUUUGGAAUCCAAUCUGUCAAUCCCUCCUACGACAGAUGCUGACAUCUUGGCUGGAUUUGAUCUCAAUCUGACAUCUUGGAACCCCCUCGGAGACCCCCUCCAAGAUUUGACAUUUGCGCCUAUUCUUCCAGACCCAAAUAUAGUACCCGACUACUUACCUGAAGACCAUACCGGGGGCGAUUCGGUAAUAAAUACUCAUCAUGACUUGUCUACAGAUUUUGCCGGUGCCGAUAUGACAAUGUUUAUUGAUUCAUCACCACUCAGCUCUUCACCCUCGCCAUCAGAAGGGCAGACGUUUCCUGAUAGCUAUCAACUACCUUUACUACAGCAUACACUUCUUAAGGCUGUUAUGCGAAUAGCAGACCGUCUGAACCUGAAGCCAGACCUCUGGGACUUGGGGGGUAACUCGGCAUUCAACACAGGGACCGCAACUCCAGCAUCUCUACUGCCUCCGUCAUGGAAGCCUACUCCAUCACAAGUUGCGAUACCACAUCAUCCGGUGUUUGACCUGCUGCCUUGGCCAGGUGUCAGAGAGCGCGCCAUCUUCAUCUUGUCGUUGCCUGACGAGUUACGACCACCGCGAGCCCAGGGUGCGCUGGCGAUCGUCAACUUUGCCUAUGAUGUUGAGGAUACAGCCGAGGGAGUUAGAAUUUAUGGUGACGAUCCAUAUGAUCCAGGUAACUGGGAGCUGGGGCAGGUUAUGUUUGAAAGGUGGUGGUUUUUGUUUGACAACAACAUCAUCAGCACAAGUAACCGUUGGCGAAGGGCAAGGGGAGCGCCGCCACUGCUAUUAAAAAGUCGAAGUCCUGGUUCGAGCCCGACUGCAAGUACAUCAUCUGCCACAACUGGAGGAUCAUGA